AUGGGCGAGGGGCAAGGGCACGCACCAGCUAACAACAGUCGAUCCGACUUCCGACACAGCUACACACCUCUUGUGGAAAACCUGAAGCUGCAGGUGCGGAUGAACAUCAAGACCAAGGCGGUGGAGCUGCGGACGUCCAAGAGCACGACGGAGACGGGCGCGAUCCAAAAGGGCGAGGACUUUGUGCGGGCGUACGCCAUGGGCUUCGAGGUCGAGGACGCCGUGGCCAUCCUGCGGCUCGACGGCAUCUACAUCCAGUCGUUUGAGAUCAAGGACGUCAAGACGCUCGAGGGCGACCACCUGGCGCGCGCGGUGGGCCGGAUCGUGGGCAAGGACGGCCGGACCAAGUACGCCAUUGAGAACACGACCAAGACGCGGAUUGUCGUGGCGGGCGGUUCCAAGAUUCACAUUCUGGGCGGCUUCAAGGAGAUUGGCAUGGCGCGGGAAAGCGUGGUCAGCCUGAUCCUCGGCAAACCACCAGGCAAGGUGUACGGCAACCUGCGGUCGAUCAGCGCACGUCUCAAGGAGCGGUUCUAG